UUGCGAUUAGGGCAGGAGCGCAUGGACAAGUCGCGCACGCCGUGGCGCCGCCGGCUGCAAGGCCUGGAUCUCCUCCUUGUGCCACUCGUCGCUGCCCUCCAUGUCUUGAUGGCACCCUACACCAAAGUGGAGGAGAGCUUCAACACACAGGCAAUGCACGACAUUCUCUACCAUCACUACCAUCUCCAAGAGUAUGAUCACCUGGAGUUUCCCGGCGUUGUCCCCAGGACAUUCAUUGGGGCACUGGUUGUGUCGGCGUUGGCUUCGCCGUAUGUCACUCUGUUCAAGCUGCUUGGCCUCCCCAAGCUCUACUCCCUCUGCGCCGCAUCGUUUUGGGAAGCAUGUCCCUCAUGCGUCGUGCCAUCAGCAACGAGUUUGGGAGCACGGUCGCAAAGGCGUUUACAGUUAUCACAGCAGUGCAAUUCCACCUCUUGUUCUAUUGUUCGCGGCCACUUCCCAACGUCUUUGCUCUCGCCUGCGGUACGUCCCAAUCGUUUUCAUGUGCUGAGCCUCAUUCUUGCAGUCAAUGUGGCCUAUUAUUUCUGGAUCCGAGGCAAGCCGAGGGAAACACUGAUCUCUCUGGUCUUCGGUAUGGUGGUCUUCCGAUGUGACAUAAUACUUCUGGCUGCUCCGAUUGGAUUGAGCUUUUUCAUUACAAGAUCCGUGACUGUGGCAGAUGCGCUCAAGUGGUGCAUCCCCGCAGCCAUUGUAAGUGCUGGCUUAACGUUCGUGGUGGACUCCAUCAUGUGGAGACGAUGGGUGUGGCCCGAGUGGGAAGUCUUUUGGUUUAAUUCCGUUUUGAACCGCAGUUCCGAGUGGGGUGUCUCUCCCUUCCACUGGUAUUUCUCUUCUGCGCUUCCACGAGCUAUGCUGGCUGCUUAUCCAUUGUCAUUUGUGGGAUUGGCUCUGGACAGGAGAAUUCGGAGGCUUGCGCUUCCAGUAUACGGCUUUGUCAUCCUUUAUUCCAAGCUUCCUCAUAAGGAACUGCGCUUCAUUCUGUUUGCUGUACCAAUGCUUAAUCUGGCCGCUGCGGCAGCCAUAGCACGCAUAUAUAACAAUCGUCGUAAACGACUCUGGUCCCUUUUCUACAAUGCCAGCCUUGUUCUCUUGACUGCAAGCUUCUCGUUUGCUUUGCUGUCGGCAGUUGCAUCGUACAGAAAUUAUCCUGGCGGCCAAGCUAUGGCACUGCUUCAUGAUCUAGAUACUGGCGACCAAGAGGCUCGCAGGUCUGUCCAUAUCGAUGUUCUUCCGGCAAUGACGGGUGUCUCACGCUUCUGCGAGAGAGGACCGCCAUGGAGUUAUUCCAAGCGAGAAGGAUUAACGCCCCGCGAGCUGCGUGAGAGCAACUUCACGUACCUUGUGAGCGCACAGGCAAAUGUCGCUGGAUUCGAGCGCGUGUUUGCAGUGGAGGGGUUCUCGAGGAUAGCCUUGCAGCCUUCAUCCUUUCCGCCUCUGAUAAGACUGGGAUUGUCUCCACUCCAGGUGAGCGAGCCCCAGGUGUACGUUCACGUUCGAAGCAGAUAAUGUGGUUUUAUUUGAA